UUUCUACGUUCAUACGACACAGAUUUUUCAGAAGGAUUGUUUGGUUUAUUAUAUACAUUCACACGCAUUUCCCUCUUUUCUUAAAGACAAAAGCAUAAAUUAGACUCAUUCCCUUGUAUCAAUUACAGAAUUUUGUCAAUUAUGCAUUACUACAAAUUACUUGGACGGAGCAAAUCUCACGAUUCAGACAACUCUGAUUCGGAAAACACUGUUAAUAAGAAUAUUCCAGCAGAAUUCCUCUGUCAAGCAAUUUUUGCUGGAGAUAGUUUCUAUGAUGUUGAAGCAGCAUAUGGUCGAUUCGAAGGAGUCGUAAGAACUGCAACAGGAUAUUAUGGAGGAACUAUGAGAAAACCUUCCUACAAAGAUGUCUCUGAAGGAAACACAGGACAUACUGAAGCAGUGAAAAUCACAUAUGAUAACAGAUUUGUAUCUUACAAAUCUCUUUGCGAUUUUUUCUGGGAUACUCAUGAUCCAACCAAUAAAAAUUCCCUUAAUUUUGGGUUAAGUACGCAUCUGAGAUCUGCUAUAUUCUGCUCAACAGAAGAAGAGAGGAAACAAGCACAACAAUCAAAGAUAAGGCGGCAAAUGAAGCUUAAUAGGAGGAUUCUAACGAAAUUAAGUUUCUUAAUUAGUAAUUGUGAAUUUUUUGUUGCGGAGAAUCAACAUCAGAAGUAUUAUCUCCAGAAGCAUUACAGGCUUUGUGAAAGUUUGAGCCUAAGAAGCACUGAACAAUUUGUGGACUCUUACAUUGCCUGCAAACUUAACGGAGUAUUGGCAUUGGAUGGGGAACUCAUAUUGGAGAAGCUACCACAAUUAACGAGGACUUGUCUGUUGCCCAAGCAAUGCAAGUCCACUUGUGAUGAAAUUAUACAAGAUUUAAAGACAACAAUUGCCCAUGGCUCCACUAUUUCUUGAAUAAUCUCUUUUCCAUUCUUAUAUUAACACCAUUUGUAAUUUGCAUAUUAUCUAUCAACUAUAUAUUCCGGCAAAUUG